AUGGGAAGUCCAACAAGAUACUUCGACAUCUUCGGGCUGAAGCCUUCGUUCUCCAUAGAUAAACAUGAUCUAAAAGAAAGAUACUUCGAAAUUAGCAAGAGAAUCCAUCCGGAUAAGGCUAGGCCAUCCCCUGGGGAAGGCACAUCAAUAGAGGAAAUAAACAAAGCAUAUGAUGUGCUAAGAAACGAUCUAGCAAGAGCAAGGUAUUUGAGUAGCACAAAGAAGUUCGAUGUCGGAAAGCAGUUCCUAAUGGAGAUCUUGGAUUAUGAACAGGAAAUCUCGGGUGUAUCCAAUGAUGAAGACAAAAGAAAUAUCCGAGAGGACCUACAAAAAAGAAUCGACCAUUGUAAGCUACAUAUCAAUGAAGAGCAUCUUGCAAAGUGGGGAUACUACGAAAGGCUAAUGAAGAUGCUUAACAACAAAAAGAAAGAAGGCAAGUAG